AGUCAGAGGCGGGCAGCCGUGCUAAUGCGGGAUAACAGGCUCCCUCUGGCCUUCUACCUCAGACUGUUCGGCCACGAGAUCUCGGUCAGGGAGCGGUUUGUCGCCGCGUUUGUGAUGAUGCUGUCCGUCGUCCUGUCGGUUGUCGGCACCGUCUGGGCGUUCUUGCCCAAGAGCUUGAUUGGUGUGGAGCCGGAGCCGGAGGCGCCGGCGCUGCGGUAGGACGGUUGUGUUUUUUGGGGGGGAAUGGAUUGGCCGUGGUGAUGGUAUGAAGGAGAUGGGAUCGAUAACCCGGAAAGCUAUGGAUGGGGUUUGGCUGGGAGGGUGGUGGUUUGCUGUGAUUUCUUCUCAUGCAUGGUCCGGCGUUUACAAGUGUCACAUCUUUACUUGGGUUCGCGGCCGGUUUGGUUGGGUGUCCUGCAUGCACCAUACAUACAAUCGCAUUCUGUAGAGGCAGUGGUAAUGAUCUGGCUUGGGUGGAUAAUAAUAACAACUGGUACUACAACGGUAAUGAUGCCCGCGCCGUGGGAGCCCGACACAUCAAAAGGGGCUGUGUGGCUGACGAGUUGCAUCCCGAUACCGGACACCAUCAGCAAACCAUGCCUCACUUGGACGAGAAUAUGUGUUUCGUUGCAUGCCGUUUCAACUUCCCCAGCACGUAUGUACCAUUGAGCGAACCACCGUUUUGCCGUGUCACUGCGCGGUUGGUGUUCUUGCGGCUAUAACUAGCCUGUUUGUUGUGUGUGGGGGUUUGUUUACACUGCAAAGCCGAUGAUGUGUCACCGCGGGAUAGGAGGACAGGGGCUGCCACAUACGCCACGGAAUACACAAGACAACGUUGAACAUGCUGCAGCACAGAACGGUUACUUUAUCCGGGUGGCCCUGCCAAUUUCAUAGGACAGGAAUGUCUGCAAUGGAACAGGGUUUUGUUUGAUGCUGGGUCAU